ACACUGCUGUCUAGCUUUGUGAAAAGUGAGGUUAUUUAGUUAUCUUUGACACGCCGAAAUCCUGGUAUUAGAUUUUAGUGGUAUUAUUAGUGAAAGACGCUUUAUUUGGGAAUAAAAAAGCCCUUUAGGUGUAUUCAGACAACUUGAAAACGUUUUUAACAUCUUAUAACAGUACAAUGGUUGAUCAACUAAAAGAACUAUACGAAAAAUACGAACUUCUGGCUUCAGCUAAAGACGCCAUUGGCGAGCAUGAAAAUGUAUAUUUAGAAUGCGUAGACGGUACUAAAGGCGGUACGAAAGAAAAAAAGCUGGCGGCGCAAAUCAUUUCCAAAUUUUUUAAACAUUUUCCCUCCCUACAAGACCAGUCACUGAAUGCCAUUCUGGAUUUAUGCGAAGAUGGAGAUAGCGACAUUAGGAUUUGUGCCAUGAAGACUUUACCGAUUUUGUGUAAAGAUAACAAAGACCAUGUGACCAAUAUUGCUAGUAUUCUGUCGCAACUUUUGCAACUAGAAGAUCAAGAUUACACUACAGCAUGUAAUGCAUUGACACAGGUGUUUAAAGAAGAUCCAAUUAGUGCAGCAAAAGGAAUAUUAACUAAUGUACAAGCUCCGUCAGAUGAAACAAUUAGAGAGAAGUCUGUAACAUUUCUAUAUAAGAAACUUACAAAGGUUCAAGGGAAAUUAUCUACCGAACUAGAAGAUUUACUUAUCGACGAAGGAAAAAAGCUUCUUCGGGAUUCAACUUCCAACGAAUUUAUGGUAAUAAUUGAGUAUUUAAAGGAAUCAAAAUUAGUAAAAACGACAAGCGGUCAACAAGAACUAGUUGAUUUAGUAGCUGAGAGAAUUGAGAUAAAUGAAAGUUUUAAUCCCUUUGAAGAAGGAAGCCAUAAUGUUGACCGCCUAGUUUUAUGUGUUAACUGCAUUCUUCCAUUGUUUAAUGCAAAUAUUGAGUCAACAAAAUUCUUAUUGUAUUAUAUAAACCAAGUUUUACCACAGUGGGAUUCUAUUGGUAGUCUCCCUGAUGGAGAUAAAAUUCAGUUGAGGUUAUUGAGACAGCUUGCAGAGCUUAGCGCCCAUUGUGGCAACAUUGAUAAUAUUGCCGAGAUCCUCGAGAAAAUAUUUAACAAACUAAAGGAAUAUAUGCCACUACCACCGGAAGAUGUGAACCUGAACGAUGUACCAAAUCUGGAUUUUACUAGCGUUGAAUGUUUGUUAUACACUUUUCAUAAGCUAGCGAGGAAGUUUCCGGAAUUUCUAAUAGGAGAUCCAGACUUGUUAAAAGAUUUCCGAUCAAGACUGCAGUAUUUCUCCAGGGGCGUGCAGGGAUGUAAAAGGGGUCUGGAUAAUACUCUCAACUCGAAAAAGGAAAACUUAACCGAAGAUGAUCAAGAGAAAAUCAAGCUGGCGCCCUCGGUUUUAGAUAAUAUCAAUAGCAUUAUUAAAGAUCUUUUUUAUCAACCCCCCUUGUACAAAUGCAACGUCCAGUUGUCUUUUAAAAAGGAACUUAAACAACCAAAGAUAGCUGAAAAACCAACCGGUGCUCUAAAGAGACAUAUUCCAAUUACGUUUGACUCGAGCAAUGGUACCCCAAAUUCAAAACAAGGAAGGACGAACAAGAGCGGCGAAGAGAGGAAAUUGUAUGCACCACCUAGUGGUAAAUUUAGCAGUGGCUUUGGCAGAUCCAGCAAUCGCGGAGGAUGGAACAGGGGCAGCGGUGGUAACAGAGGACCAAGAAGCCACAGGGGAGGAAGCAGGAAUUGGAGAAACUAGCCCGGAAAUGGUAGUUUCACAGGUGGGUAUUAUAAAGGUCACAUAUUCUUGCGUUGUAUAUAAAACAAGUUACAAGUAGCAAACGUUUAAAACAGUUAAUCUCAAAAUUAGUAAGUUCUUUAUUUAAGUCCGAUUUUUGGUGAGAAUAUUGACCUAUUCUUCAGUUUUCACUUAGGUAAUCAUUAGCAAGCGCCGUUCGUUCUACACUUUACACAGAUUUAAUAUUUUAAUAUUUUUUUUUAAGAAAUAAAAUGUUUGUAUAA